UCUGCAACAAUGAGAUUGCCUCAUCAUAUUCAACUUCUCCACCUAUACACUGCAUGACAGAAAUGUUCAAGAUCAGCUUAUCUUUUUCUACUCAUUAAGAAUAAAAUUAAUUAACUUAUAUAUUGCAAUCAAUUAAAUCAAACUGAUAAUUUAACAAAAAAACUUCAUAUUUUGACACAAAGUGUCUGUGUGUGGAACUUGGAAGGUGCAUUUGAGAUGGGUGGGGUAAAAUCGACUAUGGCAGCCAAGCUUACGUUCUUUCCACCUAAUCCUCCGUCAUAUAGACUUGUCACAGACGAGUUUACUGGUUUGUUGUUGCUGGAACCUUUUCAGCACCGGGACAACGUUGAUGUUCUGCAGCUUCCUACUCGUCGAGGCAAUGAAAUUGUGGCAAUGUAUGUAAGGCACCCUAAGGCAAACUCAACACUGCUGUAUUCUCAUGGAAAUGCAGCUGAUAUUGGGCACAUGUAUGAGCUCUUUGUUGAGCUGAGCACUCACUUGCGUGUUAAUCUCAUGGGGUACGACUAUAGCGGCUAUGGGCAAUCAACUGGGAAGCCUAGUGAACAAAAUACUUACGCGGAUAUUGAAGCUGCUUAUAAGUGUCUUCAAGAGAGCUACGGUGCUAAACAGGAAGACAUAAUCCUCUAUGGACAAUCUCUUGGGAGCGGACCUACGUUGGAUCUUGCUGCUCGUUUGCCUCAGCUGAGAGGAGUCGUUCUGCAUAGUGCUCUACUAUCAGGAUUGCGAGUUAUUUAUCCUGUGAGACGAACAUACUGGUUUGACAUCUAUAAGAACAUCGACAAAAUACCUUUGGUGAAAUGUGUCGUUCUAGUCAUUCAUGGUACUUCAGACGAAGUUGUUGAUUGCUCUCAUGGUAGACAACUUUGGGUCCUGUGUCAAGAGAAAUACGAGCCAUUAUGGCUCGACGGAGGGAGUCAUUGCAACCUGGAACUCUAUCCAGAGUAUUUCAAGCAUCUCAGAAAGUUUAUAUCUCAUAUUACAAAAUCUCCAUCCGGCCAAAACACUUCUACAAAGAGUGUCGAGGGGGGACCUAGAGAUAUUAGUACAGAUCAUGUCGAAAAUCCACAAAUGAGCACUAACACACGAGAAAAACGCAAACAGAGUGCCAGUAGAAACGAAAAGCUGAAAUACAGUGAAAGGAAACUUGAUGCUGGAGACAAAUUUGCCACCAAGUUAAAUAUACCUUUCGACCAGAUUGGAAAGUCCCAUAGGAGUGUUGAGUACCAUGAGAAGUCGCGGAAAACUAUUGAAAGAGAGCGUCGAACCAUGGAUUGGGUAACCACAAUGCAAGCUGCAUAAAUGGUUUAAAUGCAUUCCAGUCCAGCAUAUGUGAAAUGAAUUAGUACUCAUGUGGUAAAGCCUGAUGAAUGGGUGAAAGUAUUUGGUGAUUAGUCUGUAACUGUGGGUGUCAUCUUUUUUGUUGUAAUCUUUUCAGUUGCUUAAAAUGUGAUGAUUUGCUUGAAACGUUUGUGCAUUGUCAAAAUUUUACAUUACAGUGUCAGCACAACUA